UUAAGAUCACGCACAGCCCCAAAUUGCUUGUCCUCUUCUGAAGAUUUGCGCACCACAUAGUUAGUUAGAAAUUGCGCAGCCAGCUUCAUAAACGGCCAGUUGCAGUUGUCAGAAACUACCGAAGAAUUAUAAUUUCUUUGGUGGUUUGAUCGUCGUUUUUUAUAUCUCGUGCAAAGCUGGCUUCUCAUUCUAUAGCUCUAGCUAGCUACCUUCAUUGUGUAAGCUAGCUGAGUAGCUAGCUAGCUAGGAUACGUUACGUGUUACAGCUGACAUUUUUUCUUCAUCUACUUUAUUGGAGCUAGAAGAAUGGCUUUGUGUGGUGCUGGUCGCCUCUUACUUCAGCACCCACGAAAUGCUUUACGAACGUUUUUCAAACACAACAGGACGUUCUGCUGCAGCAACAAUGACCCUCAGGAGGAACAGAUUAGAGAGAAAUUUAAGCUCUUCCCCGGAGGCUGCAUAGAUCUUCAUAAACAAGAGUCGAAGAUCGCACUGAUGACAAUUAAUAAUCCUACACGAAUGAAUGCCUUCUCGGGCAGCAUGAUGCUAGAACUGGAGGAGCGGGUGCGUGAGCUGGAGACUUGGACAGAAGGCAGAGGUCUCAUUGUGAAAGGGGCUGCUGGAACAUUUUGCUCUGGAUCUGAUCUAAACGCAGUCAGAGCAAUAUCAAACCCGCAGGAUGGCAUGAAGAUGUGUAUGUUCAUGCAAAGGAUCCAAACAAGAAUGCUCAGGUUGCCACUCAUCUCUGUGGCUCUGAUUGAAGGAAAAGCAUUGGGUGGAGGUGCAGAACUCACUACUGCUUGUGACUUCAGGGUAAUGACCGCUGAUGCUGUAAUCCAGUUUGUCCAUAAAAACAUGGGCUUGGUACCUGGAUGGGGUGGUUCUGCAAGGCUUGUCCGAAUUGUCGGCAGACAGCAUGCCCUGAAACUGCUUGCUGGUGCAAAGAAAGUUGAUCCAGACUUUGGGAGGCAGAUUGGACUAAUCGAUGAAGUGCUGAGUUCUCCCCAAGGUGGAGGGAAUGUCCUAGUGGAGGCAGAGCAGUGGCUAAGCCAGUUGACAAAGGGGUCUGCACCUGUUAUCAGGGCUAUAAAGAAUGUGGUAAUAUCUGGAAGUGAAUUAUCUCUGGAGCAGGCCCUAAGGACUGAAAUAGAUAUAUUUGGGACAGUUUGGGGUGGGCCAGCCCACUGUGAAGCUUUGGCACAAAGAACAAAACACAAGUGAGAGAAAUUGUUUGAAAAGUGAUAUACUUUUGUGAAGACUACUGUUUAAACAAUAAAAUGUUCAACACAGAAAAGAAAAGGAAUAUGGAAAGCUACAUAAAACUUAUCAAAUUGUAGAAUGAUAGUAACAAAUUAUUUUUGUGCAUCUGGCUUAAUAAACUGAAGUAAUAACAA